AUGGCUUCAGGAAUCCGGUCCAUAGUUGCACUUCUUCUCGGUGAGUAUUCCAGAUGCUUGCCUCUGUACGGUGGCCUGACGAGAGAUAUAGCGCUUGUUCUGGCGGUCUCGUAUCUCCAGCCCGCUCCUCGAACUUCCGUCGAAGCCCAAAGCAGUAUAUCCGACCCAGGUGAAGCGCCGACCGAUUUCGUGCCCAGCGAAGAGCAAAAGCAGAACUACUGGGCUCAGGGCGGGAACGACAUUGUCCAUGAGAUUUGGUCGAUCUUGCGAGACUUUGAGCCCACAUGGAAAGACAAUGUAACUUCUGCCCACCCGACAGGCAUGCUCGAGACGAUAUGGCACUAUACCAAAGUCAUAUUCCGCGCCUUGUUCAUGAACGCCCCGUCGCGCCAGGACGGCGACCAUGAGAAUGACACACCCAGGAUCACAGGAGAUUUGAAGAAGGGAGUCGACGCUCUCAAAGAAGCCGCCGCCUUUGACGAUCCAGAUGCCAUUUUCCUCCUCGCCGAGAUGAACUUCUACGGCAACUUCUCGCACCCACAGAAUUUCACAGAGGCAAUGACUCGAUACAAGAGAUUGGCUGACUUGGACGGCAACAACACCGCACAGUACAUGCUGGGCUUGAUGUACGCUACGGGGAUCGGCGGGCUGGAAAGGGAUCAGGCCAAGGCGUUGUUAUACCAUACCUUUGCAGCGGAGCAGGACAACAUUCAGUCAGAGAUGACUUUGGCAUUCCGAUACCACGCUGGAAUCGGGUGUCCAAGAGACUGCAACAAGGCCGUGGGUUACUACAAAAGAGUGGCAGACAAGGCAAUGGGUUACUGGCAGUCUGGCCCUCCUGGCGGACAUUCGUUUGUCCGCAAUGCUUAUCGAUGGGUUGAGGUCGACGGCGGAAUCUACGGGGAGGGUGCCAGUGUGAGUAGCUCAGGCCUCAACGCCCCCCGCGACAACUUCAACACCGCGCAUGUCGACUAUGUCCUGGAAUACCUGGACAUGAGGGAACGCCAAGGCGAUUACAACGCCAUGCUCACGCUUGGGAAACAUUAUUAUGAUGCCCCCAGGGGCUACAGGCGGAACAUGCGAAAGGCACAGCGCCAAUUCAUGAAGAUCGCCCGAGCUUAUUGGGGCAAAGACGGGAAGGUCAAUCCCAAAUCUCCCAAGGGGAUUGAAAAAGUGGCCGGCAAGGCUGCCGCAUAUAUUGGACGUAUGUUCCUCCGUGGGGAAGGCAUGGAGCAGAAUUAUGAAAAGGCUCAGACCUGGUUCAAGCGCGGCAUCGCGAAUGGCGACUCAUUCGCACAGUACCAUCUGGGGCUGAUGUAUAGAGACGGCCUCGGCGUGGCUCAAGAUGGAGUGCGUGCUGGGACAUAUCUCAAGGCGGCGGCGGAGCAGAAUCUACCCAUUGCCCAGUCCGCUCUUGGAGUUUUGUUCCUGGACCAGGGCGAUGUCGACACAGCAGGCAGAUACUUCGAGCUUGCGGCCGCCGCGGGCGUCAUGGAGGCCUUUUACUACCUCGCCGAAUUGACGAACCAGGGUGUCGGUCGCGAACGGAAUUGCGGCCUUGCAACCGUCUAUUACAAGGUGGUUGCUGAGAGAGCUGAGAUCUUGCAUUCGCCGUUCAUCGAGGCCAACGCAGCCUACGAAAGAGACGACUUUGGACGUGCAUUCCUCGCGGCCAUCAAGGCAGCCGAGCAUGGCUACGAAAAUGCUCAAGCCAAUGUCGGAUAUCUGCUCGACAAGAAAACGUCCGUCAUCUCUCUUCCCGAUAUCCCAUUGCUGUCGUCGACAAAACCAGGCUCGUCCCCCAGCAGACUCCUCAACGACUCAGAGCUCGCCCUCGCGUACUUUACACGCUCAGCCAAGCAGGCGAACAUAGACUCUCUGAUCAAAAUGGGCGACUACUACCUCUCGCUCGCCUCUUCCGCCCACCACAAAGGCAAAGGACUGACAACUCUCUUCCAUGUCCCCAAGAUUAUCGGUAACAAUGGUGGCCGUAUCGAUAAAGACACUGAAUCCGAAGCUCAUGCAAACCUCGAGAAAGCCACGACGUGCUACACGACAGCUGCGGAGUCGCAUCACAGCGCCCAAGCUCUCUGGAAUCUGGGCUGGAUGCACGAAAACGGCAUCGGCUCCGUCACGCAGGACUUCCAUAUGGCCAAACGGUACUACGAUCUCGCAUUGGAGAUGAAUAAGGAAGCCUACUUGCCUGUGACGCUGGCGCUGACCAAGUUACGCCUCCGGUCGUGGUGGAACGGCGUCAGCGGCGGCAAAGUCAAUUCGAUCCGCGACGACGACGACGACGAGGACAGACGAAGACCCAAGACCUGGACUGAGUGGUUGAACAGAUUCCUGGACGCGGCCGAGGAGAUGGAUGCGCAAGAGGCCGCAGCCGCAGCCGCAGCUAGGGACCGCGACGACGACGAUCUUCUGGCCUAUGCGGACCCGGGCAUGCCAGGCGGCGACGCCGAGUAUGCUACGGGACGUCAAGAGAGACAGCCCAACGGCGCCGGGCAGACGGGCGCCAACCAGCAGCAACACCAGCAGCACGGCGAGGAUGUCUACGGUGCCGACGAGUGGGACGACUUUGACGACGGCCUGGUCGAGAGCCUGAUCAUUGUCGCCCUCGCCGGCGCUUUGGCCCUCUUAGUCUACGCCCGCCAGGCCCGACAGAGGGGUCUGGAGCAGGAGAGGAGACGUCAACCACAGCCAAAUCAAGGCCAAGGUCACGCUGAGGCUCAAGCUCAACCUCCAAAUCCCGGACAAGGCCAGGAUCGAGGCCUGUUCCCCCCUCCCGGCGACCCAGAAUUCAACAAUUGGGCGGUCGGCGGCGUUGGACACUGA